AGCGACGAGCUGCCGCUUGGAAUCAUUGGCAGGGUCAGUGUAGUGUGUGGUGGAGGCUCCGGGAGCUGCGUCUGGAAUAAGAUCUGAACCGUCACGAUUCCGGCUCUGCGGACUGUUGGUGACCGUGCAGGGAUGGAGGAGGAUGCGGCUGUUCCAGAAGACCUGUCAUCAGAGGAAAGGGAAGAACUGUUGAAUAUAAGACGGAGGAAAAAAGAGCUUAUAGAUGACAUUGAGAGGUUGAAGUUUGAAAUUGCAGAAGUGAUGACUGAAAUUGACAAUUUAACGUCUGUAGAAGAAAGUAAAACUACACAGAGGAAUAAACAGAUUGCUAUGGGAAGGAAAAAAUUUAAUAUGGACCCUAAAAAGGGUAUUUUGUUCCUUUUAGAAAAUGACUUAUUACAGAACACACCAGAAGACAUAGCUCAGUUCCUUUACAAAGGAGAAGGCUUGAAUAAAACUGUCAUUGGUGAUUACUUGGGAGAAAGGGAUGACUUUAAUAUCCUUGUUCUUCAAGCAUUCGUUGAACUCCAUGAGUUUGCAGACCUGAAUCUUGUACAAGCACUAAGACAGUUUUUGUGGAGUUUCCGGCUGCCUGGUGAGGCCCAGAAGAUAGAUCGAAUGAUGGAAGCUUUUGCAGCACGUUACUGUCUGUGUAAUCCUGGAGUGUUUCAGUCUACGGAUACAUGCUACGUCCUGUCUUUUGCCAUCAUCAUGUUGAACACCAGUUUACACAAUCCCAAUGUAAGGGACAAACCUCCAGUAGAACGCUUUAUAUCUAUGAAUCGUGGGAUUAAUGAAGGUGGAGAUCUUCCAGAAGAUUUAUUAAGGAAUUUAUAUGAUAGUAUUAAGAAUGAACCCUUCAAAAUCCCAGAAGACGAUGGGAACGACCUGACACACACGUUCUUCAACCCUGACAGAGAGGGCUGGCUUCUAAAAUUAGGAGGAAGAGUAAAAACGUGGAAACGCAGAUGGUUCAUCCUGACUGAUAACUGUCUCUAUUACUUUGAAUACACAACGGAUAAAGAGCCAAGAGGAAUUAUUCCUCUGGAAAACCUGAGCAUUAGAGAAGUUGAGGAUCAACGAAAACCGAACUGUUUUGAGUUAUAUAAUUCAAGCCACAAAGGCCAAGUCAUAAAAGCCUGUAAAACAGAAGCUGACGGGAGAGUAGUUGAAGGAAAUCAUGUUGUGUACAGAAUAUCGGCACCUACUCCUGAAGAGAAAGAAGAAUGGAUAAAGUCCAUAAAAGCGAGCAUCAGCAGAGAUCCCUUCUAUGACAUGCUGGCAACAAGGAAGAGAAGAAUUGCAAACAAGAAAUAGCCCAGGUUAUGGUUACGCAUCUUACAAGAUUUUCUGAAAGUAUCUCAUGGUCAAGUCAAUGGACCAACUUUACCUUGGACUUCUGUUGCCACAACUGGCUUCACAAGGGUCACCGGGGGUGUCUGCCAAUACUGAAUUAUCAGUACCAACCCGGACAUUCAAAUCUUUCUGU